GCAUCCGGUUGCGACGUCACUCGCCAACAUGGCGGCGGAUUGGAACAGAGGGCAUGGCACCGUGGAGGACAUGCUGGACGCCGAGAACGAGCGUCUGGCUGACAACUUGGCCACCAAAGUGUCCCGACUCAAAUCUUUGGCGUACGACAUCGACAGAGAAGCCGAGGAUCAAAACGACUAUUUGGACGGCAUGGACUCCAACUUCCUGAGUACCACGGGCCUGCUGGGCGGCAGCGUGAAGCGCUUUUCCACCAUGAUGCGCUCGGGACGCGACAGCCGCCGCCUCAUGUGCUACGUGGCCAUCGGCCUGGUGGUCUUCUGCUUCCUGCUCUACUACGCCGUCUCCAGGAUGCGACGCUGACCCGUUCGGCGUCUCUCGGCCGCUCCCGCCGCAAACGGCUGGUAGACUCGGGGACGAGGGGGGAAAAAAGCGAGGCGGGACACGGGGGUGAUCUGCAGGGGGGGGCGGCAAAGAUGGCGCCUGAGCAGCAGUCGGGACUCCGAAGAGACUUUAUUUAUUUUUAUUUUUUUGUCCUUUGAGAUUUAAUAAGAACUGUGGAUCUCUGGAAAAAAUGUGGAAUAUUUUGUAAAAGACAGUGACAUUAAAUGUAAACAUUCCUGCAUUUGGUAAAAGACUCAUUGUUACAUAUUUAUUUGUUCUUAUGUUUUUAGUUCAAAUCAGUCUAUUUCUUAUUUUCAAUUCCAUUCUGCUUUUGUGUAAUCUUACUUUUAACUCAAAACUUAAUUUUUUCCCAAUAAAUGGCUUUAAUUACCAAA